AAACUAACCUUAGGGUUAACUUUGGUUAAUAUAUUUAAAACUUGUAGGCCUACUCAAAUAGUAUUUAAUACAUUUUUAUGUAGUGUACUGAACAGUGUAAAAGCUUCUAUACAAUGAACAAUUUAAAUUGUUUAAGCAUGAAACCAAGGUGGCAAGAACAUUUCAACAGUUUAUGGGCUUGUGAAAGAAGUGAAAAUAUUGCAUCUAGAGAUGGUGUUCAAACUCUGUUUGAUAGACUAAUUGCCAACAAGGAAUUGAUUCCUGUGCCGACACCAAGCAGUGGUGCUGUGGAAACUGUAGGAUUUCCAGCAGUUCCAUAUGACAGCGAUGCUGAGCUGGAACAAUAUGUGACAUCACUCUUAGCGGCCCAACUGCGUCUUGCUAGGUCUGCAAGGGCUAAAACUACCUACUCCAUAAUCCUCAAGCAAAGACUUACGAUUUUUCAGAGAAUUUUACAUGCUUUUCAAGCAAAAUAUCAUGUUAAAGACAAGGGUAAACCACAAGGAUACUCAGGCAGUGAGGGUGAGAUGCGUGGAGAGACAUCGGACAGUCAGCUGAUCACAGAACAAUCUGUGAGCGGAUCUCAAGCUCUGCUGGAGAUUGCUGUACGCUCAGGACUGUCGCUCAUCUUUGCUCUUCUCAGACAGAACUGGGGCUCAACUGCUGGCACUGGUUCAGUAAAUAUAUGCUGUGAGAUGCUAGUAAGUGCGCUCACAGUUGUCCGAAGUCUGCCUCCGUUGUCACUCGCCAACGAGAACCACAUCUCUGGGCUGGGGGCAGAGACACUGACCCACGUUGGGAGCUUUCUCAAACAGAUGGCUGUGCCUAACUCAGGAGCAGAUGUCAAAGGUCAACUACUGGCGUCAGAGCUACUGUUGGGACUGGCAGUACAGCGUGGCUCUCUCCGCUACUUGCUUGAGUGGGUUGAGAUGGCUUUAGACAGUGGUGGCAACAUCGCAACACAAGAGUUUCUCACCAUUCUUCGUCAGAUGAGGACAAUAACUGCCAGCGGGGCACAGAGAGAGCUCAAUGUUGCCACUGUGUCAACCCAGAGCUCCACCAUGCCACUGUACAAGGCUGCACUUAUGUUGAUGGACGAGCUGGUGAGGCUGGCCUGCGACUACACACAUUGUGAAGGUGAAGUGUGCAACUCAGAGUCUGCCUUGCCACAGGAGAAGUGUGAAGUGUAUGUUUGGGGCAGCAACACUUCACAUCAACUGGCCAAGAAGAACCAGGAGAAGAUCUUGGUGCCCAAGCUGGCAAGGGCUUUCCAGAAUGUUCAACAGGUGGAAGCAGGACAAUACUGUACGUUUGUGAUACACACUAAUGGAGAGGUGAGUGCGUGUGGCAAAGGCAGCUAUGGCAGACUGGGCCUGGGGGACUCCAACAACCAGCCAAAACCUAAGAAACUAGAGGUGAGCGAGAAGAUGAAGAAGCUUUCAUCGUCCAAGGGCAGCGACGGACACACAUUGGCUUUGUCUGAGGAUGGCAACGUGUACAGUUGGGGGGAUGGUGACUAUGGUAAGCUGGGCCAUGGGAUGAGUACAACACAGAAGCAGCCCAAGUUGAUAGACGCACUUCCAUUCAGCAGCAAAGUGAUCACACACAUCAGUGCAGGCUACAGACACAGUGCUGCAGUCACUAGUGAGGGUGAACUGUACACGUGGGGCGAGGGGGACCACGGCCGACUAGGUCACGGUGACGGCAAUGGUCGUAAUGUUCCUACAUUGGUGCGAGACAUCAAUGGUGUAGGGUCUGCAUCUUGUGGAGCAGCCCACACUUUGGCACUGUCAUCUGACGGCCGGACUGUGUGGUCUUUCGGAUCCGGGGACCAGGGGAAGCUUGGCCACGGUGAUACUGUCAGGCAGCAUAGGCCCAAGGUCAUAGAGGCCCUACAGGGAGUGUAUGUACGGAAGGUGGCGGCUGGCAGUCAGUUCAGUCUGGCCCUCACGUCUAAUGGUCAGGUGCUGGCCUGGGGCAGUAGUGCUUGUCUGGGCAGUGGAGGCCCUGAUGCCACGUCUAUGACACCACGCCUGAUAGAUGACUUGGCAGGGCUGAGGAUUGUAGACAUCUCUACGGGUGACUCUCAUUGUCUGGCACUCACCCAUGACUGUGAAGUGUUUGCAUGGGGCAACAACGCCAUGGGUCAGUGUGGUCAAGGCCACUCUACCAGUCCUGUAGUGAGGCCCAGGCGAGUGCUUGGACUGGAGGGUGUGAAGAUACAUCAGAUCUCUGCUGGCACCAGCCACUCAGUUGUAUGGACCUCACUGCCUACUGACAGAUCUGUUAUCACAUGGCACCGCCCUUUCUGUGUUGAUCUCCAAGAGGCCUCUUUCUCUCUAAUGAGAUCUUUCUUGGAAAAAUACUGUGAAAGCUUUCAGGCUGAACCACCGGCUCCCUUCCCUUCUAACAGGGAGCAUGAACAGUUUGUACGGCUGUGUCUGAAACUACUGUGUGCUCACCUGUCGCUGGCCACCACCGGUGCUACACCGUCCGCCUCAGUGCUGGGAGAUCAGGCUACAGCGCUGCGCCAUCUGCUGUUCAGACUUGUAGAUGUAUUGACACCUGCUAGUGUGGAGGCUGUUGUGACGGAAUGUUUAGCUGUAGGAGCUCCCUUGCUCCUGCCUCCACUACAUGAGCGUCUCACUUUACUACAAGCUAUGCUGCCCCAGGGUAGCAAUCUCUCAAAAGGUCAGAGAAUGUUGCUGGGCAUCAUUGUGUCAAGCCUAGAGGAGCAUUCACAGUUGUCGGCUCUUCUCGGCUACAAAAAGUCAGCUGAGAGUGAAGACAACUCGGAACAAGACCUCGGAAUGACAGAGACACUCAUGAACACUCUGCUGGAUAACCUGUAUCAGUCUGUGUUGGAGGUAUUGAAUGUAGUUGAGAAGGAAUUGAAAAGUGAAACAGACACUCACUGGAGCCUGCCUUGUACUGGAUCAAACCACUUGUAUGAUCUUUUGGUCUCCCUGCAGACACAUUUGCUGGCAUAUUGUGUCAACAACCCACAUCAGGAGUCCCAGAGCAUGGGUCUGAUACAGAGACAUCUGCUGGUGCUGUUGCCACUCGCUAGUGAUAUCUACGCUCGGACCACUUUACUGCUCAAAGCCUUCCCCGAUGCCUGUUAUAAGAUACACGGUGCAGUAUAUGAUUCCCCUGCAGGUGCUAUGCUGUUCCAUUUAGUCCACUGCCUGUUGCUGCUGCCAGUCAGCAAUGUUCAGCCACUGUUUCAACAGCUGCUAAUUACUGUUAGACACAUGGACCGACUCAACGCCUGCCUUCCAACUCCUCUCAACAGCUCUUCUGAGGCCAACACACCCACCAAUGACAUGAGCCCAGACUGCUGGUUGUGGCUGGUUGACCUAGAGAGAGCCUGUAGUCUUUUGGCUGGCCGUUGUCUCAAUGGACUGCUGGUUGGCCCUCCCCUCUCCUUCGAGGAGAGAGAGACAGCCUACUGGCUCAACUGUCCGCUAUUCUGCCAUGGUUUGACACAAGGCCUACAAUCUGAUUUGGCGCCAGCAUUGAAGAAAUUGUCCCUCAGUUUGCUCAACAAAGAAGAGACAAUGGACGUGGAGGUAUUCAAGAAACUGCCUGCUGAUCUACGCAGUGUAGUAGAGGCUUGCAUAAAUGCUACUAUUUCCAAAGGCCGUGGGCAGGCUCCACCAACCGAGGUGGCAGGAGGUUUCCUCUUCUCAGGCCUCCGAGAGUUUGCAGCUCUCAACGACUGGAUGCCCAUUGAGGACGAACAUCGCCUUGAAAUGACCUGCUACUUCUUUCUUCUCACAGUUGCUAAACACUGUGGAAUUGAUCUGUACAACUCGUGUAAGGUGCGCGAGGACGUUCUACAAGUGGUGUACAUGACUGUGCAGCAGCUUCGACAGAAAGUGAUCUCUGGCAACAGUGUCAGAACUCUUGAUGCAGACAACAAUCUGUUUGACGCCAACAGCUCCAUGAACGACAGUAUGGAGGGGGAUACAGAGGAGCGAUGUCUACUAGAAGUAGAUGUGACUUCUCAGUGUCGUAGUAUCAUAGAACACUGCCUCUUGUUGCUAACACUGGAGGGACCUCCUGACACAGCUUGGUUGGAAACUCACGGGAAAGCAGCCAUGACUGAGUUGCGGCAGUUGGGUUUGUACGCUGUUGAGUUUGUCACCUCAGACGGAAAGGAGUCAGCAGACAACAGUAAGGGUGUUGCGACGUCACCAGUCUUGUUGUAUACAGCCAUGGAUCAACAACGAAUGAGGGCAGAGAUGAGGCUUUUGGCCCUUCAUCAGAUUUUAGAACUGAUGAAAACUCUCGAAGACUCAUUUAAUAAGGAGGAGUUAAAAGAAAGUGAGGCUGAUGAAAAAAAGAUUAAGGAAGAAAAACCAGUUCUUUUAAGUUGUUUGUAUGAACAGCUGAUCUGUGGUUGUUUUGGACUAUGUGAAGAAGUGUUAGUCAAUCAGCUGAGUCAUUACCUGGACAAUGUACGUACAGCUCCAACGACAUCUCAGACACAUAUCACUGAAGUGGCUCACCGUAUAUACUCAAUACUGGUGGCCUCUCUGCGACAUCGCUUCACCAGGCUGGACCACUAUAACCAGGAGCAGCUACAGAUGUUGACAGUGUUCACGCUCAGUGUGAAGUACAGUCCUCAAGACAUCUCCCAUGCUGUGUCCUGUGGCCUACUGUCCGUCAUACAGGACUGUAUUCUGCAUAGAUCACACAAAGAGUCCACACUGGUCCAGGUUUUCACCCAACUUCUCCACAUAUUGGCCGUCUCGUGUGUUUUAUAUUCGGAGCAACUAGAAGAGACAGUUUUAGAAAGUGUGAUGCAAGUUCUCCAUUCUCAUCUGGACUCCCUUCUGUCCUUGACACAGCCAACUAAAGCGGAAGACACCACGUUGUGUCUGUCAGGCAGUGAAGUACGAUGGAUUGAACACAGUCUGGGAGAUUUGCUGUCAUUCAUCCUGCAGUGUCUCAGUAGCAACUCAAAGGUAUCGUGGCUGCUGGCGUCAUACACGUGGACACACUCACUGUUGGAGGUGGUGGGGGAAGGCCCCGCUCACAUGCCCCGCGUGGAGGCUCUAGCCCCCCGCCUGCUAGCUCUGCAACUGCUUACCUCCGUACUGCCUCGGCGACACAUGGAUUCUGAGUUUCGUCAACAGAUUGUCCGUGAGCUGUUCUGCCAUCUAGGAGCUAACAUGUGGGAGAUCCCUCAGGCUGUGGCUGAGAAGCAAGCGUUGAUCCGGGAGGCUGAGCUAGACAAACAGCUGGAGCGAGUCACCAGCUCCAUGCUUGGUGAGACCGUGAUUGAGUGUGAAGUGGAGGAAGACAACACAGCCAUCUUGGACACUGGCUUUGACCCAGAGAAGACAUUGUGUUGCUGUAUAGAGUCAGGCCAUACAUUGAUCCACACACCUGGUGGUAGGGGCUACAGCCUUGGAACAACUGCUAUUUACUCUGGCUGUUAUCAAUGGAAGCUACUGAUAGUAAAAGAACACAAGGGUAAUGAAGGGACCUGUAUCGGAGUCAGCAGGUGGCCUAUCAAAGAUUACGGACAUCGCACCACUUCAGACAUGUGGCUGUAUAGGGCAUACAGUGGUAACCUGUACCACGGGGGAGAACACAGCCUCACGCUGCCUAGCUUCACACAAGGAGACUACAUCACUGUAGUGCUGGAUUUGGACGCUCGGACACUCAGCUUCGGCAAGAAUGGAGAAGAGCCAAUCCUGGCAUUCCAGGACAUUGUGGCGACCACACCACUCUACCCUUGCGUGGUGUUCUACAGCACCAACCCAGGGGAGAAAGUGAAGCUGACAGACAUGCAAGUGAGAGACUCUCCUAGAGACCUGUUGCCAGGAGAUCCUCAAUGUGCUCCUCUACCAGUCAUCAUGGCGGAGGCCUACAUACACCUCAUCAGACAUCUGCAUGCCUCCGACACCUGGACCAACCAGGUAAACGAAUGUCUUAUGGAGCGUCUCAGCCAAGCGAAGGACCUUCUUCCAGAGAAACGAUCUGUCAAACCACCAGUUUCAGAAUGUCAAGACAAACUGUCAGAUGAGUCUUGCACAACCCAAGCUGCUUCACCAGACCUGGAACAGCUGUGUAAAGAGGUUUGGCCGGCCUUGGCUGUGGUGGGAGGGUUGGACCGAGGCCUGCGCGUGGGUGGCCUGUGUAUAGACAAGGCCUCAGGCCGCCGGGCCUCAGUCCUGGGAACUCUCAAGAGAGGCCUCUCCUCAGUCAAGCUGUUGUGGGACGACGGAGAUGGAGAGAUCAGUGAUGGACUGCUAAGUGGCCUGGAGGCGUGUGAGCCGUUCCCCUUCUCUACAAGCAAACUCGGCCCUGUGUCUGCGGACAUCUGGCUCAGCAUCAUCAAGCUGACUGGCCUUACAGGAGAUUUGAAGUUCAGUGAGGUGCAGUUGACCCCCGUAGAGUGGGAAGCACUGGCAGCGAGCGGGCCGGAAACCAAGCGACGUUCGUCUACGUUCGCUCAGUCAGUAGAGUCACUCACUCACCAGAUGGUGGUCAGUAUCAUCGGAGAGGUGACGAGGAGAGGCAGCUCCGACCACUCCGCCGCACAGACUGACAGCAGCCCACAGCAGAGCCACAACACGGACCGUGAGUUUGUACAACAGUCCAUCACUGCCAGACUAGCCAAUGAGAAGCUGUUGUGGUGUGAGACUGCAGCUGUGCAGGUUACCUGUGUACAGAUGUCAGCUCUCAAGACCAUCACUACUCUGUUGUCCUGUAGUCAGUAUACAGAACUGCUGCUUGUGCCAAACAUUACCUUCACUAUGUCUGACAAGAAAGAGGACCAGGCCCUGGAGGGUAGAGAUGCCCAGGAGACAGUUGCUGGUAAAGAACCUCGAGACUUGGAUGAGAUUGCUCUCAGAGAUGCUCUGCGAUAUAUAUUGAGGUGUCUGGUGGAAAAAGCUGUAGCGUUGUGUGAUCUGCCACAGUUAGCAUCAUUGGAGGAGCUGGAACGUGCGUUUAGUGUGCUGCACACAGAACACACACGAGCUCUCGCACAUCACAAACACAGAAUAGACACACUGGAGGCUAGAGUGAGGGGACUGAACAAUACUCGCCCUACCUGUCAGGAGACUAGUCAGGUUGCUAGACAGCAACACACACCUCAGAGUCAGCCAUACCUGUUGUCACUGUCUCGGAUGGCACAGAAGGUGUCUCCUAUCAUCCCUCCCAAGUUGCUGCUGCCCCUCGCCCCGCUGGCCUCACUAGGAACGCCUCCGCUAGAGAAGGCAGGGCCGCCGCAGUCCGCCCCCUGUAGCAGCAGCUUGCACCGCUCUCCCUCCCCACCUCACCCGCUCAUCGCGGCUCCAUUGCUAGAGAUGGGCUUCUCUCUGAAGCAUGUACAGAAGGCUAUCAACGCUGUGGGUGGUAGUUCUGACUUGGCCUCCACCACUGUCAACCAACUUGCUACUUGGAUGAUAGAACAUCCAUGUAUAGAGCCGGACAUCAUAGAGACGGACAGCCAGCCUAGUGUGGAGCCCAACCAGGGCGGGAGAUACGACCCAAGUCGGCUUUACCUGUCGGAGGAAGUGGUGGUAGGGCCGAUCCGUCGAGGCUGCGGUUCUACGCGACGUCGCGCCUGCUCUGACAUCCGCAGCUACCUGGCGGACCGCAGUGACACUGAGCGAGAGAGAGAGAGGGAGAGGGAACACGUCCGAGGAGAGGCAGAGCCACUGUACCUACAGAACACACAGAACCUGUUUGAAAUAGCCUCCGUCCAAGGAUUCCCUCUGUUGGCACAGUUUGCCAUAGAGCCCAACACAGUGUGCAUGCUGUGUCAGCAGACGUCCAAUCAGCUGAGCAAUCACAUGAUAGCGGCUCACCCAGGCUGUGGGGCGCUGUCAGGUGGCAGCUACUGCGGCAAUGUACUCUCCAACAAGUAUCUGUUGUGUAUAGAGUGUCAGACAGAAUACAAGAAGGCCAUGUGCAAGCCAGAUACAUGUCAGAACACACAACCUUGGGCUGACUUCCUCACUCCCACCUCCAGCUACAGCCAAGAGACCAGUCUGGUGUGGGAGGAGCCCGCAGAUGUGCCGUCACUUGAGGCUCUCUAUCACAACUUUGUUUCUCCACCCAUCACCUCCUUCAUGAACAUGAGUGUGACUCGAACAGCUGACCCCCUGGGCAGCUCAGCUGUACCUGUGGUCACCGACUCUACCAAGCAGUCCAAUAGUCAUAGUGGAGGGGGAGAUGUGCGGGCCGCAGGGUGGUCGCUGGCAGAGCAGGCAUGUUCACUGCGGCUGCUUCAGGAGCGCAUCACAGCUCUACAACGAGUUGCACUGGCUGCACAAGUCACCACAGCUCGUAGUGUGGUCAUGAGUGUGCUUUCGCUACUGGCUGCGAGUGGCGCAACGUGCUGCUUGUCCUCGGGCCUGGCUGGUAUCGGACUGUCUGAUGUACGUAAGAUCAUCCAUUUGAUGGGGCUGGUAGGCAGUGGUCGUGUGGAUGCGAGUAGUGCCAACUCUCCACCCACGCAGGCUCUGUCGUGUUUGACAGCCUGUCUGACUGCCAUCGCACACAAUGAUCCCACAGCCUCACGUAGAGUUCUGCUGAUGUGUGCACAGGACCUUCUGAAGGUCGCAGCCACAGGCAUCCCUGAAGGUGGGGCUCCUUCAAGUUUCUCUGUCACUCAGGCGCUAGUGGCACUUCUUGCCUCCAAUGGUGGUUUCUCUCUGACAAGCUCGCAAAACGGACCCGAGGAGAAGGUUUUGACUCCCACCAGUCCUAUGGACCGAGGCCUCAGCCCCCUGCUGCUGCCUAACGCUCUGGCAGCCUGCAUACUGACAUGUCGUCUGUCACAUGUACACAAAGAGUGGGCAGCACAACAGCUGGUGAAGUGUAUCUACUCCAGUGAGCGUAAGGUGGACAGUUGUGCAGUGACAGAUCUCACAGGGGCUUUGCCACUGACCAAUGUCACUGUACUAGAGGCCCAUGAGAACAGAGUCACAUCGACCGCCUGGCAUCCUGACCGAGGACUCCUAGCUUCCUGUGGCUACGACAGCACAGUGAGAGUGUGGUGUCCAGCCGGAGGAACGCUGGAGCAAACGCUGGUGUUCCGCAAGUCUGAACAUGUUUAUGGCCGUCAACUCAAUGGUGAACUCAUCAGUCACCUGGGCUGGUCUCCCUCGGGACGCUUUGUCAGUGCUGCCAUGGAAAACACUAUCAACAUUUGGCAUCUGCCUGAAGGUGCAAGGGUGGGGGAAGACUUCCUGAUAGACUCACAGCCGGAGUGGAUCACAGCUUUAUGUUGGCCGCAGAUCUCUAUUGUUGGACAUUCACAAGAGUGUUUAUUGGUGGGAAGAAUCAACGGCUCUGUCGCCAUGGUGACCGUAGAACCAGGCAACUGGCACACAGAUGAACUCGUCAACUGUUCAUUAUCUUUCUCCUCUGUGAGUCAUUUGGCCUGGCAGGAUGAGGAGAAGCACUUUGCAGUUGGAUUUUCAGAUGGAACACUCAAGAUCUCCCACAAGAAUCAACACGUCCAGACCACCACCAUCACUGCUCAUGCGAGUAACAUAUGCUGUAUGUCGUGGGACCCGUAUAACGACCUCCUGGCUACAUGUGCUACAGGGGACAGCCACUGCUACAUCUGGACCCAGAUUCAAGACUCUGGGUGGAAAUGUGUCCACACUCUGGCACACAGCUAUCAUCCAGUGUCUGUGGCGUGGUCUCCAUUUGUAGGCCACAACCAACAGCGUGUGUUGUGUGUGGGGACUGCAUAUGGUGGUAUCAGUGUGUGGACCUUACCUCAGCCACGAGUAUUGCACACCAUGCAAGGUCACAUGUACAGUCCAGUCACUUCUCUCAGUAUAGACAAAGACGGCAUGCUGCUGGCCUCAGGAUGUCUGAAAGGUAUGAGUGGUCUGGUGAACAUAUGGAGUCUGCAGGAUGCCAGCUUGCUGCAGACACAGACUGGCCCCGGAGGUGUGCAGAGUCUCUGCUGGGUCUCGGAUAUUGGUCUGGCUGUUUGCUUCAUCCGCUCCAAGGACAUCAAUAUCAUCAACUACACGUUGGGUACGUGUGGCAAGGACCGCGUACUAGCAGCAUGUCGUAACUCCCUGCUGGCUCGUGGUGUGACAGGCCUCCAGUCUGCUCCAUGUCUCCGCUCACUACUGACUGUGCUGCCCUCCGUGGUGUUGGACCUGUACAGAGCAGAGCGGCCGAGCGUAGUCAAUGGAGAGCGGCUCAUGUACAGCGACCACAUCAAGUGUCUUGUGUCGCUCAUGUUAGCUCUACGACUCGACACAGUGUUGUGCUUCAAACAGGCCCCACCUAACUCUGUAGAUGCUACAGCAUUGGAACCUGAUUGGAUCUGGCUACACAUGUUGGGAGUGGCGGCUCAGACGGCCAAGGCUCUAGUCAACCGGACUGCGUUGCCACCACAAUUCCUGGACAAGAAACGAGAAGACAUCCCUCCUCAGGAAGAGGAAGACUGGCAGUUGGCCACAGACAACGAGGCGUGGAGCUACAAGACAGAUGUGCAGCUCAUGUCAUGGGCCACUCAGUGUCCCCAGGACUGGCAGGUGGGCGGCCGAUGUGAGGCGUACCUCUGGGGCAGCGGACGGCACGGACAGUUGGGCGAGAGUGGCCACAGCUCCCAAGUGCCUACACUGACAGAGUCGUUCUCCAGUGCGCAGCAGAUUGUGUGUGGCCAGAACUGUACAUUUGUGGUUCAAUCCAACGGAACUGUGCUGAGUUGUGGAGAGGGCAACUACGGUCGUCUGGGUCAAGGUCACUCUGACGACCUACACUCACUGUCUGUCAUAUCAGCUCUGCAAGGUUUUGUCAUCAUUGAAGUGGCAACGUCGUGUGGCAGUGACGGUCACAGCCUCGCCUUGGCUGAGAGUGGGGAAGUGUUCUCCUGGGGAGACGGGGACUAUGGCAAGCUUGGUCAUGGCAACAGUGACAGACAGCGGCGCCCUCGUCAGAUAGAGGCACUCCAGGGGGAGGAUGUUGUACAGGUGGCGUGUGGGUUCAAGCACAGUGCUGUGGUGACCAGCGAUGGAAAACUAUUCACCUUCGGCAAUGGUGACUAUGGCCGUCUUGGUCACGGCAGCACCUGCAACAAGAAAUUACCAGAUAGAGUGACUAAAUUGGCCGGAGUGGAGGUGGGACAGGUAGCAUGUGGCCUGAACCACACAGUGUGUGUGGCAGCCAAUGGCAGCGCAGUGUGGGCCUUUGGUGACGGAGACUACGGCAAGCUGGGACUUGGCCACACCACUACCAAAGGCACUCCUCAGAGAGUGGAAGCACUCUGUGGAGAGUCAGUGAAGAGAGUUUACUGCGGAACUCAGUUCACAGUGUUUUUGACCAAUGAUGGACGAGUUUUCACUUGCGGCAUCGACCGUCUCAUUGGUCAACCAGAGUCGCGAGCGAGAGGACUUCUCAAGCCUGAACAGGUGAUGACUCUGAGUGGAGUGUUUGUAGAAGCUGUAGCUGUUGGAGCAGAGCAUGUGUUGGCUCUCACCUCUGCAGGAGACGUGUGGGGGUGGGGGAACAACUCUGAUAACCAACUCGGCCUUGGUCACACCCCUAUCAUCAGACAUCCCCAACUCAUACCCACACUCUCUGGUAAAGGCAUCAAACAGAUUUCCACGGGUCGUACACACAGUGCCGCCUGGACUGCCCCACAGUUGCCCCGUCGUCGCCCUGGUGUGUCCACCUCUGUACAGCUGGGUUGCCCCCCCGCCAUUCCUCCACAGUUUGGCCAUCUGCAGGGCACCCCCGUCCCCUCCCUGCGAGCUAGACUGCGACUGCUGCACUACUUUUCUGACACUUUGUACAGCUGUUGGCGACUACUGCCUCUCUGCUCACAGCAAUGUGACUGGGCCAAUGUGGAGCCAUACAGUUGGCUAGCCUGUGCCCAGCUGAGGCCGUUGUUGGCCCCAAGAGUGUACACACUACCACUGGUUCGCUCUCUGGGCCGGACAAUGGUGCAAGGUCGCAACUACGGCCCACAAGUGACCGUGCGACGCCUCACAAAACAGAAGGCGACCAAACCCAUUUUCACACAGGUGGCCAGACAGGUGGUGAAGAUGAGGCCAGCUGAUUUGAGACUGCCGUCCAGGGCUUGGAAGGUGAAGCUGGUAGGGGAGGGUGCAGACGACGCUGGUGGUGUGUUCGAUGACACUAUGACAGAAAUGUGUGAUGAGCUGGUGUGUGGUGCUGUGCCUCUACUGAUACCAACACCCAACGCAGUCAAUGACACUGGCUACAAUAGAGACAAGUAUCUGCUCAACCCCUCACUCACCCAGCCACAGCAACUUGUGUGGUUCAAGUUCCUAGGUAUUUUGUUUGGUGUUGCAAUCCGCACCAAGAAGCCGCUAGCCCUGAGUCUGUCUCCCCUGGUGUGGAAGUUGCUGGUGCAGGAGCCGGUGUCUCGCGCAGACCUGGAGGAGAACGACACUCUAUACGCGCAGAGUCUACGAGGUAUACGAGACAUUCACCUUGCAGAGGUCACUGAGGCCAACUUCCAUGAGUUCAUCCCUGUGGAGUGUUUUGAGGGAGCGAGCUGGACUGGGCAAGUAGUCCCAAUAGUUCCCGGAGGACGCAGCAUCCCGCUCUCCUUCCACUCUAGACAACAGUACGUCCAACAAGCCAUCAACUUCCGACUGCAUGAGAUGGAUCUACAGGUGUCGGCAGUUCGUGAAGGCAUGUCCUGGAUUGUCCCCGUCCCACUGUUGUCUUUGGUCACGGCAUCUUAUCUGGAACAACUUGUCUGUGGAGUAGCUCACAUCUCUAUAUCCCAGCUCAAGAAAAUUGCAAGGUAUCGUGACUUGGAUGAGAAUAACCCUCUGGUCCAGUGGCUGUGGUCGGUGCUGGAAAACUUCUCUGAUGGAGAGAGGGUUCUGUUCAUGAGAUUUGUAUCAGGCAGAUCUCGGUUGCCAGCAAACCUUGCUGACCUCUCUCAGAGAUUCCAGAUUAUGAAAGUAGAGCGGGCCGUUGACGGGUUGCCGACUGCACAGACCUGCUUCUUCCAGCUGAGACUGCCUCCGUACACUAGCGCUGAGACCCUUGCAGAGCGACUCCGUUACGCAAUCAACAACUGCCGCAGCAUAGACAUGGACAACUACAUGCUGACCCGCAACGCCGACGCGGGCUCAGAUGACGACUGAACCUACUUUUGAUAGCUUUUAUUAAAGAUUUAUACCUUGUAAAUUAUGUAUUGUAAUUUAUUUUGUUAAUUUUUAUAAAAUGUGAAAAUUUAUUGCUUGUUUUCUGUAAGCAAA